CACGCAAACCCGAGAAAUCCGGCUGCGCACGUGCGCAGGUGUAGUAAGCGCCCAUCGCGUACAGGCCCAUCCGGCUAUUUCCGGAAGCUUGUGGGCGCUUCUGGAUACUUUGCUCGAGCCCGCGACUCUGUGGCAGUCACUGACUGCGUAGCCGACGCGCUCCUUUCCUUGCCACGACCAUGUCCUCGCAGCUGGGUCGAAGAUGUCUUAGCGUUGCAUCAAGAUCAACGGACCUGCUCAGUGCGAGGUGCACAUCACACUCGCGGCUGCUCGGCGGACUUGUGCGGAGUCCGUGCCGGCGAUCCUACGCAAUGAGCAGGCCGAAGGUGACGAAAAGCGAGGAGGACUUGUCGGCGGACGAUAUUAUCAAAAGGCUGGAAAUGGUGAAACUUAUGGAGAAGCAGCUGCCGUACGACCCUUGGGCUCAGUCGGUGCAGACGUUCGACUUGACCAUCCCGAGUCUGCUGUCGAAGAAGAAGGACGCUGCGCUCACAGACCACCUGCAGGCGGCCGGCUCGACAUUUCGGAAUUGGGUCCGCAACAUCAUGAGUAUGCGCAUGAUGGCCGGUGACAAGGGCUUCCCUGGGAUCGCGAAGACGUCACCUUGGUCCCCACAAAUCUUUAGAGCGCAGUCAACAAGUGACUCAGCGUGGGUUGCACCACUCCGUAGAAUGGCGUUGGACACCUACACGAAACUGAACCGCGCCGUUGCCGAGCGCGACGAGGAGACCGUCAAAGAGCUUUCCAUCGGCGACAUACGCGCACACUACGUCAAGCUGGUCCGCCAGCAGGACCCAUCCAGGAGAUACGUAUGGAACUACCUAGGCGAGCGGUCGCCGUGUCGAUUACUCAGUGUACGCAGCGUUCCGGCGCAUAUGGGCAGGGUCGUACCGAACAACGGGUCGCGCCUACUCACUCAGGUCCUCGUGCGGUUCGACACCCUCCAGAGCCUCGAUAUCUAUUCGAAAAAGGGCAACCUUUUGCACAAGCAGGAUCCGAGGGCCGUUGUAGAGCAUCUAGUGCUACAGAAGCGGAUGUGGUACGACUCACCGUGGGUCAUCCGGGACGUCCUGUAUGAGGGCUUAGAGAGCCGUGAAAAGACCAUCUCUACGUGAAGCGGUGAUCACGGAGGGCGUUAUGUCGUCGUGUGCUAACAUACACGGAGUGUUAAUGCUGGAUAUUGAGUAGAUCAGUAUGCUAUUGCCCAUUCGAAGGGCUCGCUCUCCAGGUGGCUGCUUUGCACGGCCUUGCUGCUUGCGCAUGCUCGUGGUUGGGAACAGGACGAUGUGACU